CUCAUCUUACUAUCUCAGCUGUCUGCAGCAGCACAGCUAACACCGCUACAUGAACUGGUCAAGGCCAAUUAACGUCAGAAAUCGGGAAAAAGAAACAGGCCAAUAAUGCAUACUGAUAUCUAUCCAUGAAUAAUGUGUACAAGCUCCACACCCGCCUCAUCAAAACCGGUCUCCAAAAUGACCCUCCCUCCCUCCGCCCCCUCCUACUAUCCUUCGCCGCCUCUGCCCCCGUAUCCUUAUCCUAUGCGCGCUCUGUUUUCGCUCACAUUCCCUCCCCUGACACCUUCGCUUACAACACUAUCAUCAGGGCCCACGCUCACUCCUCUCCCUCUCACGCCGUUUCCUUCUUCAGCGCCAUGCGCCGUGACGGCAUAUCCCCUGAUCACUUUACUUUCCCUUUCGUCCUUAAAGCCUGCGCCUCUCUCUGCACAGGCCGCGAAACUCACGUACUGAUAAUUAAACUCGGUUUGGAUUCUGACAUUUAUACACAAAACGCACUGACAAGUUUCUAUGGCUCGUUUGGGUCAGUGGCGGAGGCACUCGACGUGUUCAAUAAAAUGCCUGAGAAAGAUUUGGUUUCUUGGUCUAGUAUGAUUUCUUGUCUUGCAAAAAAUAAUUUUGGGUACGAAGCUUUGAGUUUGUUUCAAGAAAUGCAGUUGGCGGCAAAUUUUAAGCCGGAUGAAGUUACCAUGCUUAGUGUAACAUCUGCGGUUUCAAGCUUAGGGGCUUUGGAAUUGGGUAAAUGGAUUGAUGCUUUUAUUUCAAGAACUGAAUUGAAACGCACGGUUUCUGUGGGUACUGCGUUGAUUGAUAUGUAUUCUAGAUGUGGCUCUGUUGAUGAUUCUAUUAAAGUUUUUAAUGGAAUGCCUGUGAAAAAUGUGUUGACUUGGACGGUAUUGAUUAACGGGCUGGCUGUUCAUGGGCGCAGUAAAGAAGCAUUGAAAGUGUUCUCUGAGAUGAAAAAAACUGGUUUGAAGCCAGAUCAUGUUACUUUUAAUGGAGUUUUAGUGGCUUGUAGUCAUGGGGGACUAGUGGACGAUGGAUGGGAAGUUUUUGAUAGCAUAAAGAUGGAUUAUGGGAUGGAACCUACGGUGGAGCAUUAUGGCUGUAUGGUUGAUUUACUUGGUCGUGCAGGGUUGCUUUACGAAGCUUUGGAAUUUGUGGAUAGAAUGCCUACUAGGCCCAAUGCUGUUAUUUGGAGAACUUUGCUUGGAGCUUGUGUGAAACAUAAUGAGCUUAAGUUAGCUGAGAAAGUGAAGGAGAGGAUUUGUGAGCUUGACCCUAAUCAUGAUGGUGAUUAUGUUCUUUUAUCCAAUGCAUAUGGUGGAGUUGGUAGAUGGGUUGAGAAAGCAGAUGUGAGAAAUUUGAUGAGGGAGAAGAAAAUUGGGAAGAAUCCUGGCUAUAGUUUUCUGAAUGUGGAGGAGAUGAUUUAUGAGUUUGUUUCAGGAGACAAUUCACAUCCUAAAUCCAAGGAAAUUAAAAAAUUCUUGAUUUCAAUAAUUGAUGAUCUUAGAGUUGAAGGUUAUACCCCCUAUACAUCCAAUGUGUUACAUGACAUUGAAGAGGAGGAGAAGGAGCAGAAUCUUACUUAUCAUAGUGAAAAGUUGGCUGUUGCUUUUGCGCUUCUUAGCUUUAAGGAUAGAAGGGCCAUAAGAGUCAUAAAGAAUCUUCGAAUAUGUUAUGAUUGCCAUUGUUUCAUGAAACAUGUUUCACAUAAGCUUGACAGAGAAAUUGUUGUCAGAGAUCGGAAUAGAUUCCAUCAUUUUAGUAGGGGAUCUUGUUCUUGCCAGGACUACUGGUAAUAAAUAAUCCUCUCUGACUCUCUCUUCAGUCUUCUGCAUGUUUAUAUUUGUAUUGGAUUCCAUAUAUGUUUUGAGUGGCUUUCAGGCAUGUAGUUGCUCUAGUUUCAGGACGUAUUUUGAUAUAUACUUCUUUUUCCUAUUGCUCCAUCAAAAAAUAAGUAAUCUUAUAUAAUUUUUAUGUGGAGGAAAACAAGAGGCACAGAAGUUUUGUUUAAGAUAUUUUAUCAGCAACACUAUUACAGCCUGGAUCCUCUCAACCUCGACGGUAAAUUUUCUGAUACCGUAACAGAUGAGGUACACAAACUGAAUUCAAAGUGAAUGCUACUGAGCAUUUUAUUGACCAAUUGCUUCUGCUUGUAUUUGGAAAGGGCGCAUCCAAGGAAAAUGGUUGUUGAAAACUUCCCAAAUUAUGUUAACCAGGUAGAGUAACUUAUAUAGUGUUUAGUUUUAACACAUUUGGUAAGUUCCACUUGGAAGAGAUACUGAUAAGCUAUAAAAUUUUAAUACACUAAUGAAU